AUGGAUCCUGCGACAUGGCUCUCCUUCAUGCAAUCACUGAAGACGAUCUUCGCCGACAUCAUUGCCGAUAACACCAACAAACACGAGUUACCGUCUCUACUGCAGCCCCAGAUUUUGACUUGGGUAUCACAACUAUCAAAGUUCGGGCCCACCUUAACGAAGCUCGAAGAAGUAUCCGACAGUUCAUUCGCAUACAAGAUCAUGACGCAACCAGACUCAUUGACGCCAAAGAAGAAGAAAUCCCUUCAAACAAUUGCCAAGCGAAGAUACGACAUCCCACUAGCUGUGGCUGAGGUCAUGGUUGCUGGUUGGAUCCAAGACGACGACGUAGCACUAGAGACGAAAACGGUUAUCGAACGCCUCGCUCAGCUACUCGACUUGAAAGUAUACAAGCAGAAUAUCCCUAAGAGCGAGCUCUCCAAAGCAACAAUAUUCUGGGAUGGCAUCGAAGCAGAGAUCAUGCGAGAAGCCGAACGCCUCGAAGGGCUAAAGCGAACACUGAAAGCGAAAGACCCCUUGCAGACAGCCUUGCUGAUCGAGGAGUACAAUAUACCCGAUAGCAAUCUGCUGGAAGAUGAGAUACAAGAACUGCCUCCCGGCAUCAUCGAUCUAGUUGAACUAAUCGAUGAUGACGAGAUUGAGAUGAGCUUCACACUCGCUUCCUACACUGAGCUACAACGAAGCGCAAUGGGCGUACCGAGCACAGCGAACAACCUUCUCUUACGGCUAACCAUCGAUCGGUACGCCCUCCCCCUCGACGUCCGCAUCCCCGAAAUCCGCACCGAUAUCUUCGCUGUAGACAUGCUGCUCAGCUCCGUCUAUAGCGCCGCCAUGGCCAACAAAGCCGAGCUCCUCCCCAACUGUCCCAUCCACCCUAUCAGCACCGUCAAAACCAUACUCGAUAGUCUCCCCAAACUGUCCGUCAUCCGCGACGCAGUCCACAUCUCCACUGUCCUAUCCAGAUACCACGCCGACGCUGAGAAGCUCAUCUCAUGGGCAUUACUAUUUCACGGUACAUCACUCGACCGCCUCCCAGCAAUCCUCGCUAAAGGCCUUAUCGUUUGCUCGGGUACGACUCUCCAACGCACGGGCGCUGUGUAUGGAAGAGGUAUUUAUAUGGCUGAAGAUCCUGCGACGUCGUUUAGUUAUGCGCCUGUCUACUCGACGUGGAAGAACAGUGCGCUGGCCAAUAUGCGUGUUAUCCUUGGGUGCGAGGUCGUUGGGCAGGGUAACAGCGUUACCACCGGUGUUCAUGUUAUUACUGAUGAGGCGAGUGUGAUGGUGAGGUAUAUUUUUCUCUUCCGACAGAACGCUCAUGCGCCUGUUGCGAAUCAUGUUGUUACGGCUAUGAAGAGUGCGAUGGCGGCGAUGAGGACGGGUGUCGUGUAG